GCCUCCUCACCACUCAAAACAAAGCAGAGGAGAGCCUUCUUCGCCCCCUCGCACCACCACCUUUUUAUUUGUAGCAGCAGGUUUAGCCUCGCAUUGCGCGUGUUCGUCGCCUUCGCGUGAAGCGCCAGUCUUUCUACACGCCCACCUAAGCACUUCCAUGCGCCACCGCUGUGCUGGGGCGGCCGCGAAGGCUGCAGCCGCCGUUGCUGCGACGGCCCUUCGCCCCGCAAAACCAACCGGCAUCUCCACCUGCCUUUGUAGCGCAUCAAAGUGCGGCCGCCACCGCGCCUCCCCUCUCCUCUCCUCCUACUCCUCCGCAUCGUCUACCCUCGCCCUCUCCGCGUCGCCACCGCUGCUCCUUCAGCACAGAUGCUCCACCGCAGCAGCAGCCAUUGCUUGUACCGGUGUGCAGCACCGUCCGUGCAGCAGCAGCAGCAGCAGCAGCGCCACCUUCGCAGACGGUAGCCGCCCCUACGUGUCAGGGCAAACUGUGCAGGAGAAGUACCCAAUUGUGCAGCUGCCGGCGCGCUCGCUGUGGUGCCGGCAGUACCCCCUUGACCCACGCCGCGUGCAGCAGGGCGAGUACGCUGACCUCAUCGCGCAGGUCAAAGCAGCACGACACUACUACCAAUACCCGUCGCUGAGUGCCCCGCAGAGCGGCUGGAAUGUGCAGAUGUUUACCCUCUUCGACGACACCGUCUUUAUUAAUCCGGUGAACCUGGAUGCGGAGGAGUGGACGGCCGAUGCAGCGCGGAGGGGAGUGCCGUGGGUGGAGUACGAAGAGGAGAAGAUGCGCGAGCUGCGCGCCGCUGGCAUGACAGGCUUCGCCUGGGAGCCGUGUGCGAGCAGCGGCUUUAUGCUGCACUACAUUGAGCGUCCGCUGACGGUGCGGAUUCGCGCACUAGACGAGCAUGGGAAGGAGUUUACGGUGAAGCUCGCUCGCAUGCGGGGUCGCAUGGCCCUGCACGAGAUGGACCACCUGAACGGCGUCCUCUUCACCCGUCGUGUGGUGGACACGGACCACGUUGUCCCCAUGGAGGGCUUUGUGACGAUGAGCGACUGGAGUGAUGACUACCCGUCGCUGGAGGCCCGCAGCACAUUCCUGUACUCCAUCUUCACCCCGCCCUAUCACUUUGACACCGAGGCGGUAGACGAUGGCAACCUGCUCGAUCGCAAGUUCGAGGACGGCGUCUACCCGGGCUGUGAACAGGACCGGCAGCAGCGCAUUGAGUCCGUGGCGGUCGAGGAGCUGCAGCGGCAGCAGUGGCGAUCGGAGAAGAAGAAGCAGAAGGAGGCGAAGCAGCUGUUGAGCUCAACUGCGGAAUUCGCCGCCGCUGCAGCAGCAGAAGGUGCAGACGGGGAUGAGGACGCAGGCAGCGCGAAACAGCAAUAA